AUGGUGCUCGAAGGCUCCUGCCACUGUCGCGCGGUUCAAUUUUCGCUCCAGUCGAAGACGCCGUGUCCCUACAUGCAGUGCUACUGCUCGAUCUGCCGAAAGACCGCAGGUGGCGGCGGCUACGCCAUCAAUCUCGGCGGCGAGGCGGAAGCGCUCAACGUGCGGGGCAAGCGUCACCUGAGGGUCUAUCGGGCGCGGCUUGAGGACGGCAGCGAAAGCCCGGCCGAGCGGCGGUUCUGCGGCCGCUGCGGCAGUGCGCUCUGGGUCUGGGACCCGCGCUGGCCCGAACUGAUCCACCCCUUCGCGUCGGCCAUCGACACACCGCUACCGGCGCCGCCGGAGCGCUGCCACAUCAUGCUCGACUACGCGCCGGGCUGGGUGAGGGUCCCGUCGGGCAAGCGCGACCCGCACUUUCCCGAGUAUCCCGAUCAGUCGCUGGAGGACUGGCACCGGAGCCACGAUCUGCUCGACCCUUGA